UGGUGGUGAUCGCAUGCUGGCUCUGCAAGUACAAAGUUCAAGGUGAGGUACCAGGAUGGAAGGGGGAGGCACGGGCCCCUCCUCCAUCUCCCCAGUCUUCCUGGUCCCCUGGCCUGGCUCUGAUCUUGGUCCCCAGGAUCCCUCUGCACCUCCCACCUCACCUGCUCCUACGAGGGCCAGGAUCCCCUCAGUCCCACAUCUCAGCGGAUGGUCCCCUGGUCCCCAUGGCCACGGAGAAAGGGGCCAGGUCAGCUCUUCAUGCCUUCAGGGCCCCCAGCCGCGGCAGAGAGGUGGUCCGCACCUCGCUUGGGUGACAAGAGUCAGGAGGGUUUAUACCGCAGAACCCAGCAGAGAUUUUAUGUGUGUUUCCUUUUACUUCAUUUCCCCCCAUCUCUUCUCCGUCCCUGAGGGUUCCCCCGAGUUGGAAUGGGCCCGUCCUUGUCCCCAGGCCUGGGGCUCCUUGUUCAGUAUCUGUCCUGUCCCUGGGCAGGGAGGUGCUGUAAGGGGACUCUCCCCGCUGCUCAAGCGGCUGCUGCUUCUCUUCCAGGUUGUAGACUGCACCGCAAAUUCAUGGACAAGGUCCUUUUCUGGCGACCACAUCCCUCAAGAGGGCCGGAGGCUCUGGACAAUGCCCGCAACGACACCCUGGUCAAUAGAGACUGCCUGUCCUCUCCAGUCUCUGAUCAGGAGGUAGAAGACCCUGAGCAGGUGGAGCCAACGGGAGUACAGUCCUCAGGGGAAGCAGACCAUCUACUGGAACCGGCAGCAGCUGAAGGGUCUCGGGUGCGCAGAGGGCCACUGGUUCCUGCAGACGGUGAAGACCCCACAGAAUGCUUGAGGCAGUUCUUUGAUGACUUUUCCACCAUCGUGCCUUAUGAUGCCUGGGACAAACUCAUGAGGAAGAUGGGCCUCACCCAAAAUGAGAUCCUGCAGAGCAGAGAUCGUGCCCAGAACACCGGGGAUGCCUUGUAUGAGAUGCUGGAGACCUGGGUCCGCUGCAAAGGGCGGGAGGCCUCAGUCAACGACCUCCUCGAUGCCUUAGCAGCACUGGGGCAGAGACACGCAAAGGAGAAAAUUGAGGACACGCUGGUGGGCUCCGGAAAGUUCGUCUUCAAAGAAGGUGAAGCUGGUGCUGCUGUGUCCUGAGUGUUUGAGGACCUCAUCUUCCAGUUCUGGACUCGUUUUUUAUCCAAAUGGACUUGCACUUUUUACUCUCACGUAUUACAAUAGAAUCUAUUUUUUGUUGGGGAGAGGGUGUAAUCUGUAAUGUUGUUUGUUGUAUGACUUUCUGCUUUUAUGGUUUUUUGCGGUGUGUUUGCUGUCUUAGGGCCGCACCUGCGGCCUAUGGAGGUUCCCAG